AUGGAAAAGUACAUGCUCUUCAUCUGGUUAAUGCCUCUUGGAAUCCUGUGGUCUCCAGUUUACUCAGGCAAUACAGCUAAAACCAAGAGUUUUCAUGAGACCCAAGCGGACGCUGUAAUGGGUACUCUGCAACGAAGAAUCUCCUCUGGCACGCGUCCAUACAGCCUCUCCCGGUCACCACUGGAUUACCACUAUUCUCCAAAACCCAAGCAUUUGAAGAUCCCCCGUCUUCUGCGAAUACUGGGAUCCUCCUUUGAUCCAUUCUGGAUGUCUGUUGAGAACCCUGUAGAAAAUGACACCACCAGCCACUCAUCUGCAUUCAGCCAGGAUCUUUUUGAUGGUGCCAGUCGCUACCGCAAGAAACUUACCCAGGAGGCUCAAAACAUUGACUUUGCUUCACUGAAACUGCCUGCAGAACUGUCAGCUAACAGUAGCCAUGUUGUGCUUAGUGAACUUCGUCAGUGGUUGGUGCAGCGUGCUAGCUGUAAGCUAACGUCCACAUGGGUAGAUCUGGGUCCUGUCUUUUGGCCACGAUGGGUGAGGCACACUGACUGUGAUGAGCGUAAUACUGCAUGCUCCUGGCCACCAGGGAUGGAGUGCCGCCAGGCGCAGCUUACUCAGAUUAAGUUAUUGGCAUGGCACUGCUGGAUGCAGGAUGCUGGCAAAGGCUGGGCAUCACAGAACUGCAUGUGGAGACUGGUACCUUACCCAGUUGUGGCAGCUUGUAAGUGUGCCUGUAGGUAG